GCGCGCAGACCCCCUCCUGGCAGCCCCUGCCGCCCGUGUCCCCGCGCCGCUCAUUGGCCACGGCACCCUGAGGGCCCGCCCCGCCUGCGGGCUGGGCCACUCGGGGCUGACGGGCACGCAUCCCACCAGACUUUGGGGGGGGGGGAGGGUUGAAGAGUCCCUCUCUCACUUAAUAGGUGUGUUGCAGAAAUGCAGCUCUUGUCCAGGCUACCUACCACAUGGUGCGAACCAUAUAAUACUGGAGGAGUUGCUCCUGUGUGGCCCUUAUGCUGUGUGCAUAUUAAAAAGGGGUGCAAGUUUUGGGGGUGUAGCUCAGGUCUAGUAUGUGUGAGGCCCUGAGUUGGAUAACCUGCACUACACACAAAGAAAACUUAAAAAGCAACCAAACAGCAAAACAAUGUAAAGAAAGGUUCAGGGUCCUCCUCACAGCACCUGCUGCACCUGUCCCCCAAGUACACUCCAUCCCCUAGGGUCUGGGGACACUGGAAAGUGAGUGUCGUGGGGUUUUUACAAUAUUUUCUGUAUUCUAAGCAGUUUUCUAGGGACAUUUUUGAAGCUUCUGUCUUCCUGUCGAUUCUUCCUACAACCUCGAUAUAUUGAUUUUACAGAGAAGGAAACUGAUUCAGAGACAAAAGCCUUGCAAGUGGCUUUGCAGAGUCACAUGCUAAUUAUUGGCAGAAUUGGAAUCAAACCCAGGACUGAAAGACCUCAAGAUAUCCUCUUACACACACACACACACACACACACACACACACACACAUAACUCAAAGAUAUCCUCCUACACAUACAAAACAUAUCCCCCUAUCUUCCUAAUAGGUCUUUCUAUUCCUUGUCCACUGAGGUCCGUAGGACUGGUUUGAUGAUUGUCACCAGCAGAGAGACCUUAAGCUGGCUCCAGUACCCAGAUUCAAGCUCCCCACUGCUCAAUGGACAAGCCCAGCCCAGACCCGUUGCCUUCAACUUUGUCUGGGGAGGAAGAAAAACCUCUGGCCUUACUUCCUCCUGUUCCCCGGGGCCGCCGAGGCCGACCUCCUGGGGGAGCUGCCACCUCCAAUCGGACUCUCAAGUCCUCUCUCCCUCGAAAGCGGGGCCGACCCCCCAAAUCAGUGCAGGAAGCCCCGUUGACAGCACCAGUGGACAGCGGUGGCAGCAGCGAUCUUCUGUUGAUCGAUGAUCAGGGUGUUCCUUAUACAGUUCCCGAAAGGUCAGCAGCAGAUGGGCCCCAGGGCUCUGGCCCCAAGAGGGCCCCACACUUCUGCCCUGUGUGCCUGAGGGCCUUCCCCUACCUCUCUGACCUGGAGCGCCACAGCAUCUCUCACUCAGAAUUGAAGCCACACAUGUGCAAAGAUUGCGGCAAGACCUUCAAGCGGUCCAGCCACUUGCGGCGUCAUUGCAACAUUCAUGCUGGCCUUAGGCCCUUCCAUUGUGUGCUCUGCCCUCGCCGCUUCCGAGAGGCAGGGGAGCUUGCACAUCACCACCGCAUCCACUCUGGAGAGCGACCAUACCAGUGUCCCUCAUGCAGGGUACGCUUCACGGAGGCCAAUACCCUCCGGCGCCAUUACAAACGUAAACACCCAGAGCUUGUGGGGAUGCCCGUGCGCCUGUGCCCCCCAAACCCAAGACCUCAACCUCUGUGGGAUGACGAUGAGGGCGCCCCUGUUCCAGAAGGGGUACAGGAGGAAGGUCCUGAAGAAAAGGAGCCUGCUUGGCCCAGGUCCUCCACCACCUCUCCUGUGUCUGGGUUUACAGUGGGGGCUUCAGCUGGUGCUGGGCAUGGCCAAGGUGGCCAAGACACCCUUAUUUCUGGUGGUAUUCCCAUCAUGGGAGGGGGUCAAAAGCAGGGACCUGAUGCCACCCAGCACCCUCCUGCGGACUGACAGGCUCUGGGAGGCAUGGGCUGUGGAAAUAAAUCCCUGCCUACUGAC